CCAAGAAGAAAGUAGAGUCGUGAAACGGGUCAAAGUAAAUAAAUAAGUUGAAAAGAACAGAGAGAGGAAGCAGUGUGUGUCCAUGGCGGAAGAGAGCAAUCGCAUUCGCAGCGUGAGACUGCUAUGCCGCCACCCAAAGCAUCUCAACAAAGGAUCCGACCCGGGAACCCACUAUUGGCUUAUCGGAUCCCCAUUCUUACCGCCACUCACCAUCGUCUCCAUCCUCCGAUCCUCUUCUUCUUCCCCAGAUUUACGCAAGGAAUCCGAGGACCUUCAAACCUUCAUUCCCAAAGGCUUUGAAGUCAUCGGAGCCCUUGCCUCCGGCGACGCCACCGAUGCCCGUGCUGCCAUCGACGCUGCCCGUGGAUUGAGGAAGCUCCUUUACGGCGGAGGAGGAGGAGGAGCGGGGGAAGACCAACCGCUGAUCGGAGCGGUUUCGGGGCCGGAUUCCGGUGAACUGCGGUUUUUUGUGUCUGAGGGUGGAAAUGCGACUAGCCUUGAACCUGUUACGUCUGUGGUACAUGAACAGCACCCGGAGAAGCUUGUGUGGGAGAAUGGUUGCUUGCUUCGUUGUGAGCUUCCGAUUAAGUUGCCACUAUAUUACCCUCUCAACAAUCCAACUGAUAUUGAGAAAGCAUAUGUACGGGCAACGGAAGCUGUUAUUGCCAAGUUAAGAGACCCUCAGGCUGUGUACUUAUUAGAAACGUUUAACAAAACCUCUCCAGAUCUACCUCCACCUGCCAUAAUUCGAGGUGUACAAUUAGACUUUUGUGCAGACCUCUCCAAGAUCAGGCCUUUAACUAAGGGUGAUGAUGGCUUUGAUGCAAGCUCACUGUUGUGUUCGUACUUUUCCAACAAAAGUAAAGCAGGCUCAGAGGUUUUUUCCGUAGAGAAUGCAGAUACCAUCCAUGUUGGUGUUCUUUUUAGUAGCGUAGGGCCAUCAUCAGCAUUUGCACCUGUUGCAGAAUAUCUUCCAGCCCAGGAAGAAGCUAGCCUCCUUGUUGUGGAUAUUAAGCUAGACGUACUCUGCUAUUCUUCUUGGAAUCUUCCAUUGAGAUAUGCAGUAUCUAGUUUAAUCAUCCCUGGCUUAAUUGACCAGUUAAAUAACCUGCAGACGUCGAUGUUGCCUAACCUUUUGGCACAACAUCCUCAGCUAAAAUGUUAUCACUUUAGUCCUCCUGGGAUUCUGCAUCCAGUAACUGUUUUCUAUGAACUGAGUUUUGGGGAGACAGAAAUGAAGCAAGUUGAAGUUAGGAGAUCCUUGCACUCAAGGUUGGGACUACCUUAUGAUCGUCCCCUUCUAAGAAUUGCUAAUGCCCUGGAUUUCUCAAAAUUGAAAAACAGUGGUAUUGUCUCUCUACAGAAAGGUUCAGCUUUGCUAAGAGAUGUACACAUUGGGAUUCCAAGCAGUGGGAUUACUGGGGGAACCGUUUCCCUUGUUCAAGGUUCCUAUGAAUACUUUCAUUAUCUUCAGGAAGGAUAUAAUGAUUCGGGAUGGGGUUGUGCGUAUCGCUCUCUCCAGACUAUCAUUUCAUGGUUCAGACUCCAAAACUACUCAUCCAUAGAGGUUCCUUCUCAUAGAGAAAUACAGCAGGCACUUGUUGAGAUAGGUGAUAAAGAUCCUUCUUUUAUUGGGUCACGAGAAUGGAUUGGGGCCAUCGAGUUGAGCUUUGUUUUGGAUAAACUUCUGGGUGUUACUUGCAAAGUCAUCAAUGUUAGAUCUGGAGCCGAGCUUCCUGAAAAAUGUCGGGAGCUAGCGUUGCACUUUGAGAGCCAGGGUACACCUGUUAUGAUUGGUGGUGGUGUCCUCGCGUAUACACUCUUGGGGGUGGAUUACAAUGAAGCAAGUGGUGAUUGCGCGUUUUUAAUACUUGAUCCUCACUAUACUGGCGUGGAGGAUCUGAAGAAAAUAAUCAAUGGGGGAUGGUGUGGAUGGAAAAAGGCUGUUGAUAACAAGGGAAAGAAUUUCUUCUUGCACGAUAAGUUUUAUAAUCUACUGCUGCCUCAGAGGCCCAGCAUGGUUUGAUAGAAUCGGAUUUAGUUGAGGGAACUGACUCCUGUUUGGUGCACAAUUUCUUGAAAUGGAAUGGUAAUUUUCUCUAGUUACUUGUGGUUGGGACUGGACAAGUUCGUGUUUGAAAACCCAAUAGAGUUUGGUGCACAAUUUCUUGGAAUGGAAUGGUAAUUUUCUCGUUACUUGUGGUUGGGACUGGAGAGUUCAACCAGUUCAUGUUUGAAAACCCUAGAGUUUAACGGGAGAAGUAAUUCUGGGAAAAGCUACUAGGAUAGCAUUUGUGCGAGUCCGAUAAAUGAUUAUGGGAGGAUUGAAAGAGGAUCCAAACAUAAGUUUUUGUUUAAAAUCCUCACCUCACUUUCGGGUUAGUGAUAUUCUUACAUUAGCAUUAUGUGACCAUAACUUACAUUUAGGCCUUGUUUGGAAGUGUUUUCCAAGUCCAUGUUAUAGCACAAGCGCUUAUAUACGUGUUAGAGCUAGUAAUCUACUUAUAAGUUGUUUUGAA